AAAAUUCCUGUGACGUGGGUUUAAAAAUCUCAGUUUGACCAAAAGAACACUCACACACAGAUUUAUAUAUUAAAAAAAAACUCCACUGUCUUUCCCCCUCUUUUGUCUUUUCUCCUUUUUCAUUUCUUUUCUUUCUUUUCUUUUCUUUUCUCUCUCUUCUUCACCUUUAUCAUGAAUGACGGUGUUUCGAUACUGGUGGCGGUCUUUUUAAUCCUCAUUGCCUUACGAUGGAUGCUAGCCAACAACAAAACCAACAACAGCGUCAACGUCGACCAGCAAAUAGAAGAGUCCAUCGUGUAACCCCUCAGAUGAUUGAAAUGGUACGCUCAAUGUUCCCUGACGUACCUACAGCUGCCAUUCAGGCUGACUUGCAAAGAACUGGUUCAGUGGAAACAACUGUCGAUAAUGCUCUCCGUGAUGGUGGUUUACCUAUGCCAGCAGCACUAGCGAACCAACCGGGAUCUCCUUCUCUCAAUAAUGGUUCAUCUUCAUCUUCAAGAAAACCAACAACAUACAGUAGUUUACUUCAACGAUACAAGAUUGAUGCCAAGGACUUGAAACAGGACGAAUUGACAGAACCACCAAAGGUUUGGGAAAAGGAUGCCGAUAAACGUCAAGAAAUGUUAAAAAAACGAAAGGAAUUCAUGGUACUUCAAGCUAGAAAUGAUAUUCUUUAUUUAAUAGAAAAUUGAUGGAACAACAGCAAAAACAAUCGACUACCAAUCAAACAACAACUACAACUGCCACUACUAUUACUACUACUACUACGACUGUUGCCUCUUACCCUUCUUCUGAAUCAUCGACUUCAUCUUCUUCUGCUGAACCAGUUAAACCUGUCAUUGGUGAAAACUUUGAUGAUUUAUCUGUGGAUGAUUUGAAUACCCUGACACCUGAACAGCGUAGACGUCAUAUGUUACAAGCCUAU